ACGGUGCAUGACUGGUCGGGUUCUCUCAAUUAGCACCUGAGCAGCCCACUGGCCUGGACCAUCCGACUGUGCCCCCAAAAGACGAGUCCCAAUCGGCUCAGUCUCCAUUGUGUCACACGCGCGGACGCACGUCUCUCUCUCGAUCGGUAGCCAAUCCGUUCCAGCCACAGCCAGAGCUCCAGCUCCCCGAGUGAAAACCGAAAGUGAUCCGUACGGUAUCCGAUUAUCAUGUCUGCCGGUGGCCGUUCCUCGCAGCUUUUGGCCCUCGUGGCCAUCUUCUUCAGCAGCUACAUAGUGGGGAUCUACAGUGCGGCACGUGCCAGCAGUUUGGCCCUGGCUUCCGAUUCGAAAGCUAGCGAUUCUUUGAUACAGGCCAAUGAUUCCCUGAUCCUGGGAAACGACACCCUGCUGACAGCGGAGGAGGAUUCCAGCUUGGCCCGCAGUGGAUCGCGACAUCCUCGCUGGUUUCCCUUCUAUACAAUUGGUCGCUUUUCCAACGACAUUUGCACGGGCAACAAUCUGCUCCUGGGCACCUGCGUUAUCAACGGAGAGUGCACGGAUAAUAGCGGCGUGGCGGCGGGCAGUUGCUCCUCCAUUACAGCCCAGGCCAUCUGCUGCAUUUAUCAAAGGACUUGUGGAGCGAGUACCACGUACAAUAACACUUAUUUCUACAACAGCAAUUAUCCUGCUCCGUAUGCGGGCGGCGGACGCUGUUCCAUUGUGGUUACUCCGCCGGAUUCCUCAAUCUGCCAGCUGCGCGUCGACUUCCUUUCCCUUUCGCUGGCUCCGCCGUCCGGCGAUGGAGCCUGCUCCACGGAUGCCUUGACCAUCACGGGAGGAACCUCGCAAGUGCCCAGCAUCUGCGGCGAGAAUUCCGGACAGCAUGUGUAUGUCGAUUUCAACGGGGUCAAUCCGAUCACCAUCUCAGUGGCCACCUCGGGGAGUUACACCUUCAACCGCAACUGGCAGUUCCAGAUUAGGAUGCUCGGUUGCUCCUCGGCCACUCUGGCUCCGGCUGGAUGCCUGCAGUACUAUAUGCCCAGCAGUGGCACCCUGGCCAGCUUCAAUUACGUCUCGGCAGCCUCCUCCGCCCUCAAUUCGAUUGGCGUGCAGGGCACCAGGCAGCUGGCGAAUACGAAGUAUGGCAUCUGCAUCCGCAAGGCGGCCGGAAUGUGCUCCAUCACCUACAGCCAGGUCAGCUCCGAUACGUACUCCUUUACGCUGACGAAUGAUGUGGGUGCCGUGGAUCCAACGCUGCUGGCCACCUCCUCCGUGCAGAGCCAGGAUUGCACCACCGACUACAUCAUCAUUCCGGCGCCAACGCAGGGCGGAGUUUCCAUGCCCAGCGAUCGUUUUUGUGGAUUGGGCCUGGUGUCCACGACCACGGCGGCGAAGCCUUUCGUGGUCUACACGGUCACCGAUGGCAACGAGGAUAUGGACAUAUCGAAUCGCGGCUUCUACUUGUCGUAUUCGCAGAACGCAUGUCCAAUUCUGUAAAUAUAUGGUAUAAAAUAAAGAAAAAGACUUGAUAAUCAUA